AUGGAUGGCUCACUUCCGUUUCCUCAAUUACUCGACUUCCAUCUCGAACACAAUCCCAACCAUUCCUAUGCGGUUCUCGUUGGCUUGGGGAACGACGAGAACGUGACCAUCACCUGGGCUGAAGUCGCUCGUGCCUCCUUGAGGGUAGCAGAGAUGCUCAGGAUGGUGGUGAAGGCAUCAGACCAGCUGAGGAAGGAAGGAGUUUGGAUUGCAAUCCUUGCAAACACGGAUUCGUAUGUCACACUUAUUCUCGGCAUUUUGAGGGCUGGAUUUGUGGCAUUUCCUUUGAGUACACGCAACUCGGGGCCAGCCCUUGAACACUUGAUCAAGACGACAAAUACCGCUUCGAUCUUUGGUUCUAUUCCUGGGGCAGCCUCUGCCUCCACUGCUCUUGAAGAGACGACAAUGGAACUUCUUUCUUGCAUUCCUAGCGUCCAGCUGCUAGGGAUUCCAAAGCACACCACGCUGUAUCCAAGGUUCGGCACCAGUCUUCCCAUGCCAUAUGAUGCGAUGGAGGACGACGCGCGUACCCCGAGAAUCCCACCAGUCGAAUCACUUCCAGAAUAUAAAUAUGUGACCGAAGACUGCCCUCUUCUCUUCCUUCAUUCUUCUGGAAGUACAAGCUUUCCUAAGCCGAUCCCAAUGAGUCAUCGGUUUUUCCGUGCAGCAUCCAAAACGACAGGCGACUCAGACCAGAUUGGGACAAAGUGGAGUCUACUGGGUCUACCUGUCUUUCACGCCAUGGGCGUAUUCUUGAUGAUUGGACUGUGCACGUAUUAUGGUGCUAUUUGUAUCAUGUUCAAGCCAACAAGCCAACCUCCCAUCGCAUCCUCUGACGUGGUUCUUCGAGGAUGUAAACGCGGAGAAGCCGAUUUCCUUAUAACCGUACCCAACUACUACGUUGACUGGUCACAUGAUGAACAAGCGAUCAAGUAUCUUGCCAGGAUGAAGGGUGUGGCCUAUGGUGGCGGACCUCUUGCUCAAGAAGCUGGCGAUCGACUCGUUCGAGGUGGUGUGAACCUCAUGAUUGUGUACGGCACGGUUGCUCUUUCAUAUGAGGUUGGCUUCAGAUCAUCCGGAAGACUGGAGCACAUGCGUGUGGAACUUGUGGAUGAAGGCAGCGGUCUAUACAGACUUAUCAUCAUCGACUCCGACCAUCAUCCAAUUGCUGUGUCGAAUGUGACAGGCAUCAGAGCGUUUGACACAAACGAUUUGCUCCAACAACACCCCACGAGGAAGCACCUAUGGAAAGUCAUCCCAGGACGUGCUGAUGACCAAAUAAUGAUGUCAAACGGGGAGAAGACGAACCCAGGACCUAUGGAGGGCAUCCUGAACGGAAACCCUAACAUUCGUGCGUGCUUGAUGUUUGGCCGCGAGCGAACCCAGGUCGGAGUUGCCAUCGACCCCGUUGAGCAUGUCAGCAUCACGAAUGAUGCCGAGCUCGCCGAGUUUCAUGACCUGAUCUGGCCUGAUAUUGAGAAGGCGAAUGCAUUUGCACCACAGCACUCAAGAAUCUUCAAGGAACUGGUUCUUGUUAUUGAUGCGAAGAAGACACCAUUUGUUAAGACACCAAAGGGCUCUAUCAACAGGAAUCUGACAACUCAGCAGCUGGCUAACCAGAUCGACGCGUUGUACACUGCCGCGGAGCAACCGACAAAGGCUGAAUGGGCUGAGCCACCCGCCUCUUGGGAUGCAGCUUCAUUGGAAUCUUUCGUCAGUCGCGUUGUGAAUGGAGUGAUGCGCGGCGAGGCCAUAGCUCAUCCCCCCAUCGAAGAGUCUCGCGACUUGUUCGAACAGGGUUGUGACAGCUUACAAGCAACAUACAUUCGCGCCGCUAUCACCAAUGCACUUCGCCAGGCUCCGAAACCUCAAGGAAAGUCCGACGUAGCGGCCACGUCCGUUCCUCAAAAUCUUGUCUUCAACUAUCCCACCGUGGAGCGUCUCACGGGAUAUAUGAUGAAAGCUCUCGGGGGUGUUUCCUCACAGUCUGACAAGGAGGAGGGAGAGAAAUCUUCCGAAAUCGUCAAAAAUAUGCAGGCCAUGAUCGACAAGUAUAGCCGCGAUUUCCCCACCCAUACGCCAGGGCAGCGGAAGGCUUUGGGAGAAGUGGUGCUUCUCACGGGUUCUACAGGCACGCUAGGCACGUACCUGCUCCAGAGUCUGCUGCUUGAUGAGCGGGUGAAGCGGGUGUACGCUGUGAAUCGACCAAGCUCAAAGAAUGAAAUGGCGGCGGGGCAACGGGAGGCGUUCGAAGACAGGGGUGUGGACAUCAACCUGCUGAAGUUGCCCAAGCUGCGGCUGAUUGAGACUGAUACGGCGGCCAAGCAUCUCGGCCUCAGCGAGGAGUUAUAUGACGAGCUCUGUGACUCCCUUACGGUAAUCAUCCACAAUGCCUGGCGACUUGACUUCAACCUCCCGCUUUCAGCGUUCGAAUCCAACGUGCGAUCCUCUCGCAUGCUCGUGGAUCUUUCACUUCGAACCCGAGGUCCCCAGCCCGCUCAACUCGUGUUCACCUCUUCGAUCGGAACGCACAUUCGCUGGAGCGAGCCGCGUCCUGUACCCGAGGAACCGAUCGACGACCCCCUGGUUGCGAGUGCCUCUGGCUAUGCCCAGGGGAAAUGGGUAAGCGAGCGGAUCAUGCUCGCGGCUGCUGAGAAGGGGUUGAGAGCGGUGAUAUGGCGCGUUGGGCAGCUUGCGGGUGGGAAGAGGCUGGGGGUCCUCCCCGUCUUAGACGGGGAGGUGAGCUGGCUACCGACUGAAAGGGCUGCUCAGACUAUCGCGGAUGGGAUGCACGAUUUCGCUUUAUCCGAGAAGGGGGAAUACGACUACCUGCAUCUGGUCCACCCCUCGCCGGUGCGGUGGGAGACUCUCCUCUCUCCCAUCGCAGACCAACUACAUUGCGAGCUAGUCUCCUUCCCAAUCUGGCUUGCAAAGCUCGAAGACCAGCGGAAGCAGAUAUUAGGCGGCAGUAGAUUGGCCAUCCCCAUGAUGUUGUUCCAGAAGGAGUAUGCCAUCCUCAUCGUUAUCAUUGCAGCAGGGUUUUUUGUAACAGCGUGUGGUACAUAUUUGUGGGACAGGCGCCGCAACUGUAUAUACAGGACCUGCUUAUUUCCCAUCCUCAGAUUUGUUAUACCCCUUCUGAUUGUCUGUCCCGAUGUGCUGACUGACGCGCAAACCCGGUCGACCGCGUCUCCUCCUGACUUGGUUCACCCCUCCCGCAAUCGCAACCGCUCCACCAGCGCAGCACACGAGCCGUUUGCUCUGUUCCUGGCUCCCUCCCCUCUGCCUACCUCCACACCUUUCUCGUUCUUACUUCCCCCCUCCCUACGGCUGGAUCAGCAUGUUCCCGCUCGCAUGUCGCCUUCUCACUACCAAUUCCAUCUGCUCCUUUUCCUCUCUCUGCCUGGCUCGCUCCUCGCGUCAGCAGCACACCUACGCUCCCACUCACGCAGACACGUCUAUCUCCUCCGCGACGUCGUGGUUAACUUGUAUUGGGUGUCCACGUGUGGCGUGCCCGUGAGUCCGGGAAGCGCUGUCCCUCGAGCUCCACAAGCGAGCAACCCGAUCGUAGAGACAAAGAAGAAGCUCCUCGCACUCGACUGGCACCUCCCCCUGCCCGACGUCCUGCAGUGCUUGUCAGCCUCCUCCGCGGCCGGGCUUGACCAACCACUGGCGACGCGCAAGCUUCAGUGCUACGGACGGCGGGAAAGGACAGGACCCUAGAUCGCUCUCAGACCCAUCCUUCCAGCGAGACCCAGCCUCCCAAUUAUUAUUUUAUUUUUAAUUAGUAAUCCAGUUUAAG